AUGAGUUCCCGCAGCUCGAGCAAUGUUUCAUCCAACAAGAUGAGAAUUCGCUCAUUUCCAACUCACAUGGAUGAACACUAUGUGUCACAAAUCUGGGAUCUUCUAAAACGAGCAAUCGAGGAAAUUCAGCGAAAGAAUAAUUCCGGCUUGAGUUUUGAGGAGCUUUAUAGAAAUGCGUACACAAUGGUCCUUCACAAACAUGGCGAGAAAUUAUAUAAUGGACUGCGGGAAGUUAUAAUCAGCCAUUUAUCCGAGGUUAGGGAUCAGAUUGUAGCGUCAAUGGAUCAAGGUAACUUCUUGGAUUCACUCAACGCGGCUUGGACAGAUCAUACCGUUGCGAUGGUUAUGAUUCGUGAUAUUUUAAUGUAUAUGGAUCGUAUUUAUGUUAAACAAAAUGGCCAGGAGGUCUUACCAGUUUAUAAUCUUGGGCUUAAAUUAUUCAAAGAAGAGGUGCUGCGACAAAAUGGGAUUGGCGAAUGUUUGCGAGCGAAUUUAUUGAAUCUCAUCAAUCUUGAUAGAAAAAAUAACCAAAUCAGUUGGGGUGGAAUUAAAUCAACAUGUCGAAUGCUUAUUGAUUUGGGUCUUGACAAUCGCCGAACUUAUGAAGAAGAAUUUGAAGAACCGCUACUGAAGGAAACCGCUGAUUACUAUCGCGAAGUUUGCAAUAAAUGGCUUUCGGGUGAAAAUGAUGCCUGCUAUUAUUUGUCAAGAGUGGAGAACUGUAUGCAUGAAGAAGCCACUCGAGCUCAUCGCUAUUUGGAUUCAGAAACGGAGGCUAAAAUUUUACGGCACAUGAACACCAUUGUAUAUAUGGAUAAUGGUGGAGUGAAAUUCAUGCUUCAACAUAAGAGAAUCGAGGAUCUCACAAGAAUCUUCCGCAUUUUCAAGAGAAUCAAACCAAAUGAUCCUGUCGAAUCUGGUCUCAAAGUUCUUCUCAAAGCCAUUAGCGAGUAUUUAACCGAAACUGGUAAUGCAAUUGUGAAAGAUCCAGAACUGGCUAAGAAUCCUGUCAAUUUUGUCGCUGAGCUUCUCCAACUUAAAGAUUACUUCUCGACUCUUCUGACGACCGCUUUCAGCGACGAACGUGAAUUCAAAAACAAAUUCCAGCACGAUUUUGAAUCGUUCAUUAAUUCGAACAAACAAUCGCCUGAAUAUGUUGCCUUGUACAUGGAUGAUAUGCUCAAGAAUGGCAUGAAAUGCGUUUCGGACGCGGAAAUGGAUAAUCGACUGGAUAAUAUCAUGAUACUCUUUCGAUAUCUUCAAGAAAAAGAUGUGUUUGAAAGAUAUUUCAAACAACAUCUCGCCAAACGAUUGUUGCUCGAUAAAUCGUGUUCCGAUGACGUUGAGAAGGCGUUGAUUGGAAAAUUGAAAACUGAAUGCGGUUGCCAAUUCACGCAGAAGCUUGAGAGUAUGUUCAGGGACAAAGAGUUGUGGGCUACGCUGGGAGCUGCGUUCCGUGAUUAUCAGAAUGAUAAUCCUGCUAUUGUUGCCCAGAGCUCUCCAAUUGAUAUCAACGUACGUGUACUUACUGCUGGAGUAUGGCCAACACAGCAAUGCAAUCCAGUUGUGAUCCCAGCUGAAUGUCACGCGGCAUAUGACCUCUUUUCAACUUUCUACACCGCCAAACACAAUGGACGCAAACUGAGCCUGAACACAUUGCUAGGAAGCGCCGAUGUGAAGGCAACCUUCUAUCCUCCGCCAAAAGGUUCAUCGGCUUCGUCUCAAAAUGCGCCUGGACCAUCGACUGCACCGCCGUUGGGCAAAGCCGAACACAAAAUUCUGCAGGUUAAUACUCAUCAGAUGAUAAUUCUGUUGCAUUUCAACUAUCGUGCUCGAUGUACCUAUCAAGAACUUUUGGAUGAUCUUCAAAUACCGGAGAAAGAGUUGAAGCGCAACUUGCAAUCGCUAGCCAUGGGAAAACCAUCGCAAAGAAUUUUGGCGCGUAAGGGAAAGGGAAAAGAUAUUGACAAGCUUGAUGAGUUCUUCGUCAAUGACAGCUUCUCGUCGAAAUUGACUCGUGUCAAAGUGCAAAUGGUUUCUGGUAAAGCGGAAACUGAGCCCGAAAUCAAGGAAACUCGUGGAAAAGUCGAGGAAGACCGCAAAUUGGAGGUCGAGGCGGCGAUUGUCCGUAUCAUGAAGGCUCGCAAACGUUUGGAUCACAAUAAUCUAGUCACUGAGGUCACGCAACAAUUGCGUCAUCGCUUCCUGCCGAAUCCAGUCGUGAUCAAGAAGCGAAUCGAAACAUUGAUUGAACGCGAAUAUUUGGCUCGUGAAGAAUCGGACCAUCGUCUCUAUAGAUACAUUGCUUAA